AUGGGAGCAGCACAGGCAGGUGGCGCAUUUAAGAUGAAACGACCAGCGGUGGACCCCGCGGGUAUCGCCACGUAUAAAAGACAGCGACUCGUGGCGGACCUUGAAAACUUAAGGAUUAGUGAGGUGCCAGCGGCGCGGGCUGCAGUGGUGGACAGCGCGGGGCGCGGUCAUGGAAACGCUCUCCUGGCGGACCGGAUUCGCGAUCAGGUGUGGGAGGUGUUGCAGCGACCGCGCGGGGAGGCAGCACUCCAGCAAAGAAUGUGCAGGCAGAUAUGGCAGGAUACGUACAACAGCCACAUGCAGGUGGUGCGGUGGGUGGACUGGCCGGCACGCAUGUUCCAGAUCUGGCUGCGAUGGUGGCAGUCACAGGGCACGGAGUCGUCGGAUGUGGAGAUGGCGACGGACUACGAGAGCUACGAGGAGGAAGAGACGCCCAUGGACGUCGACGAAGAUGGAGACUGGAAGUACUAG